AUGUGUCGGGCUUUCCCGACUACAUUGAAGGGUCUUGCAAGGGUAUGGUUCAGUAGGCUGGUGCCUAACUCUAUCAGCAACUUCAUAGAGCUGAGCAUGCAGUUUGCUUCAUAUUUUAUAUGGGGACACAGGUAUAAGAAGUCUGCUAUGUGCCUAAUGAGCAUCAAGCAGUGGGAGGAAGAAAUGCUGAGAUCCUAUAUAACCCAUUUUAACAAGGAGGCCCUCUCGAUUGAUGAAGCUGACGACAAGAUACUAGUGGCUGCAUUUACCAACAGGUUAUGGAAGGGUAAGUUUCUGUUUUACUUAUACAAAAACGACUCAAAAACCAUAUCGGAUGUACUUUACAGGGCUACCAAGUUCAUGAACGCAGAAGACGCGUUGUUGGCUCGAGAAGAGAAGCCCAAGAAGAGGGAUAGACAAAAGGAUGUACGGCAAGGCAUGCCCUAA